AGAAAAGGCAAUUUUAUAAUGUGAAUGGGGCGCUGCAGCGUCGGGGUGAAAGUGAAACAGUGGGAAAGCCGAAACGCCUCCACUUAACAUCGUCGAAGAACAAGAGGAAGAACAUAGAACAACAAAGAAGAGAAGUAGACCUGCCCACGAGGAAACGAAUCCACAGAGAGAGAGAGAGAGAGAGAGAGAGAGAGAGAGAGAGAGAGAGAGAGAGAGAGAGAGAGAGAAAGAGAGAGAGACUUGUGAACCACCUUCAAGUCUUCAACCUCUCGGAACUUUCUCUUUUCUUUCUCGGGCAAUCGGUCGUCGAUACCGAUGCAAUUUUUCUCUUCUCAUACUUAUUAAAUUCAUAUACAAAUACUAUUCGCUUAUUUGUUUUCAGGGUUUUUUUUUUUUUUUGCCUCUGAACUCCCAACUCCAGUAUAGAUUGAAGUAUUGGAAGUUUCUUUCCAUGGGCGAACCCAUUUCUGGAGUUUGAACAGGAAUUUCAUGGAAUCCCAGGGUUUCAUGGGUUGAACCCUAGGGAAUGAUGGGGAGUUGCAACGAAGAGGAAGAUGAUCGAUUCUUUGAUACCCGCGAAGAGUUGUCUGAUCUGGGUUCAGAUUGCUCUGAAGAUUGUAGUUCUAGUCGUGGCCUUUUUGAUUGUGCCUCCAACAAAUUUCACUAUGAAUUUUGGAUUAAGAGACCUGACAGUGUUAACGAGCGCCGUGUUAGGUUCUUAAGAUGGAUGGGUCUGAGUAUGGAUCAAAACCCGAUUAUGAGAGAGAAUUCCGGAGAUGUAUCUUGUGACAGUUUUGAAAUACAGAACUUUAGAAUCAUUCAGGACAGCGGGGCAGUGCUCAGGGCAUGGGGCUCAGAAAAUGGGUGCUCAUCAAGUGAGUCUUUUGUGUCAAAUAAAGAUCCUGAAUUAGUGGAGGAGAAUUUUAUUCAUAAGAUUGAAAAUUUGGAUAGUCAAUCACAGCUUUUUGUGGACGAACUCAGCCAUGAAGGGGCAUUUAGCAGGCUACGUGAAGUGGGUUUGAAUCGAUUGAUAAUUGAUGAAGAGUUUCAGAAAGCUCGAGGGUCAUCUCCUCUUGGUCAGCGACUCUCAAGAAGGGAGGAAGAGGCAAGUAACUUGUUAGUUAUGAAAAAGAAAGUCAAUUUGGGGUGGCUAAGGAGAUUAGGUGCUGUGGCAUGUAUUGCAAAUGGCCAUGGACAAGCUCGUUUUAGCAGCAAUAACCUUGAUCCCAUUGAGGGGAUGAGGACCCAAAGACUUCAGAUUUAUCCACACAGGAAAAAAUCGAAGGAAUUAUCUUCCCUUUUCAUGGGACAAGAAUUCCCUGCACAUGAGGGCUCAAUAUCAGCAAUGAAGUUCAGCCUCGACGGAAAAUACCUGGCAAGUGCUGGUGAAGAUGGAAUUGUGCGCAUCUGGAAGGUGAUUGAGGAGGAGAGGUCGAAUAAGUUUGACAUUUCAGACAUGGAUCCUUCGUGUUUGUACUUUCAAGCGAAUGAUCUUUCCGAAUUGUCCCCUCUCGAUGUGGACAAGGAGAAAUUGAGUAAGAUGAAGAGGUCGACGAAAUCAUCAGAUUUGACUUUUGUCAUUUUCCCACAGAAGGUCUUCCACCUAUUGGAGAAGCCUUUGCAUGAGUUCCAUGGGCACAGUGGUGAGGUCUUGGAUCUAUCAUGGUCGAGGAAAGGGUUAUAUUUGUAUUAUUUGCAGUACCUGCUUUCAUCCUCUGUCGAUAAAACAGUUCGCUUGUGGCAAGUGGGAUGCAACCGAUGUCUCAGAGUUUUCUCUCAUAAUAAUUAUGUUACUUGCAUAGACUUCAACCCAAUGGAUGAUAAUUACUUCAUUAGUGGUUCGAUAGAUGGAAAAGUUCGCAUUUGGGAAGUGCUUGGCUGUCGUGUUGUUGAUUGGACUGAUAUUAGAGAAAUAAUCACUGCCGUAUGCUAUCGCCCAGAUGGCAAGGGAGGAAUUGUGGGCUCCAUGACAGGCAGCUGCCAUUUUUAUGAUAUCACAGAUAAUCAAUUGCAAAUGGACACACAAAUAUGCUUACAGGGCAAAAAGAAACUACCAUGGAAGAGGAUAACAGGUUUUCAGUUUUGCCCAGACAAUCCAGCCAAGGUAAUGGUCACUUCUGCUGAUUCACGUGUUCGAAUGCUUUGUGGAGUUGAUGUCAUUCGCAAAUUCAGGGGUCUUAGAAAUGCUGGAAGCCAUCUGUCUUUCACUGCAGAUGGAAAGCAUAUCGUUUCAACGAGUGACGAUUCUAACGUCUACAUCUGGAACUAUAUUAACAGCCAGGACAAGGGGCCUUCCCGAGUGAAGAACCUCAAGUGUUAUGAAAGCUUUUUAUCCCACAACGCUUCAAUUGCUAUACCUUGGUCUGGCACAAAAAACAUUCCAGAUACCCUUUCAUCCCCAACAGUUACAGGUGACAUGCUGAGAAACAGCUUUGAAAAUGAGAAUUCACACCCCAGAAAGCCCUCAUUACCUACUCCAACUUCUUUCUCUUUGAGCCCUGGGCUUCUGUUGGAGCCUUCACCAAAGGGAUCUGCAACCUGGCCAGAGGAGAAACUUUCCAAUUCAAGUCCCGUGGGGGUUUCACCCUCAAUGUGCAAAUCAGAGUACAAGUCUCUGAAGAGUGCAUGCCAUAGCAUGUCGAGUUCUCCUCACAUGUGGGGUCUUGUGAUCGUAACAGCAGGAUGGGAUGGAUGGAUAAGAACAUACCACAAUUAUGGGUUACCUGUCCAUCGUUGAAACCCAUAAACAUUUGAGCAUUUUGGAGGACUCAAUUGAUGGUUGCAGAAGGGUUUUUUUAUGUGAAAAUGUCCUUCAAAGUGCAGGGUAGAUGACGAAGAAAAUUGGGUCGAGAAGAGAAGUGCAGGCCCUUAUAGAUGACAAGAUGUAAAAUAAUCCAACUAAGCUGUGCCUGCUGGCACCUUUGUUUUUGCACCAUCUGGCUUGUUAGCCAGCAGGUUGUUGGCUGGUGUGUAGGGUUCCAAUUAUAUGGGUUAAUUAAUAUAUGAUUCUUUGAUUUGUUUCUAUUGACAGGUUUAGGCUUGCCAGCUACAAUGUAAAGUUGCUAAAUUUGAUGCCUUUGUGGCUUCUAAA